GGAGGCUCAGGUGCAGCGUGCCAUGGAUCUAUCGAGAGCGGAAGCAGAGUUCCGACGGGGGGUGGAACAGAGAGGAGGUGCAUAUGAGCGUGGAGGGGGUAGUGGUUCGACGAGGGGGAAUGUUAUGCAGAGAAUGUUUCGAAAGUCCACUUCGCAGAGGGAGAGUCCUGUGGUGGAGGACUAUAACUUGGCAGCUGGUGGGAGAAGAGGAAUGACACAAACAAGGAUUGAUACAGGCUCCUGGACGCAGAAGGGUAAGAACGCAAAGGAAGCUAUUGGUAAAGCUUGGUCAAAGUUUUUCCAUAUUGCAGGAGUACCUGGAAGACAGGCUGACAGUCCAUACUUUAUCAGCGCGGUUAGGGAGACACAGAAGUCGGGUGAAGGUAUCGCAUCACCCACUGGACGGGAUAUUGAUGGCAAGUACCUUGAUCAGAAUGAGCAAGACUUGAAGACGAGGUACGUAAAGUUUCAGAAAGACUGGCCCUUAUUUGGCAUCACGUUAAUGUGUGAUUCAUGGACUGGUCCGACGAGGAUGAGUGUCAUCAACUUUUUGAUAUAUUGCAAUGGGGUCAUGUGGUUCCAUAAGUCUAUUGAUGCGACUGGAAGAAUUCAAAAUGCUGCAUAUUUGUUCAAGGAGAUUCGAAAGGUGGUGGAAGAGAUUGGACCGGAGAAUGUCGUGCACGUAGUCACCGACAACGGCUCGAAUUACAAAAAAGCAUGCAAUGAACUACUAAGUGAUCUACGUGAGGCUACGGGGAAUGAUUCCAUCAGCGAUUGGGCACGUCAAAAUAUAGGUGACACUCACCUAGGGAAGAGAAAGUUGCACAAGGGGCCUAAGAAGGGUGACUCGAAGCGUCGAAAAGGCAAAGGAACAGCAAAACCAGUGAGCAGCGACACCGAGACUGAUGAUGGCGAAGGUGAGCGUAGUCCUCCGUAUCAGGAGUCCGAGGAUAGCAGCUCGGCCGAUGAUGGUGAUGAUGGUGACGGUGCUCAGCCUAAUGCUGGUGGUGGAGGUAGUGGUGCUGAUGAUGCUGCUGGUGGUAGUGGUCAUGCUCGUGGUGUUCGUUUCACAGGGGAAACUCAGUUCACACAUGCUACUCAGGACACCGACCAUGGAGCACCGCAAUCGCAGAGGAGAACAGGUGGACCGACGGACUAUGACAGUCCACAGAACUCUUGUUCCUCCUACAGCGAUUCGAGGCACUCUUUUCACUAUCCCAUUCCUGACAUCAGCAUGCAGCCACCGACGAGAUGGGUGUACGAAUGGGAAGACCCCCAUUUUUACACUAUGUUAGUUCAGGAAUGGCAGACAACAUCGGCGUGGACGGGCCAAACUUGGCAACACUACAAGGCUGAGCUGCUUAGAGUGCGAGGUAUCGCUUUGAUGUCCACCGCCGAAUACCAAACCGCAUCUCAAAUGGGGGUCUUCCCAUUCCUACGUUGAACUUUUCAUUUCAUGUGUAUAAGUGUAUGACUCCGUAUUUAUAUGCACCCUAUUACUAUUGUAUUUGUAUGCAUAAUUAUAACUCA